AUGGCGUGGCCUAACAAGAACAGAGAUAUGCUUUACCGACGGGUCGGCAACUCCGGCUUGCAUGUCUCCGCGAUAGGUCUAGGAGGGUGGUUGACGUUUGGUGGUCAUGUCGAGAACGAGACGACUUUCAAUUGCAUGAAACAAGCCUAUGACUGCGGAGUCAACUUCUUCGACACAGCCGAAAGCUAUGCUGGUGGUCAAUCUGAAAUCAUCAUGGGGCAAGCUAUAAAGAAAUUUGGCUGGAAGAGAAGCGACCUCGUUAUUAGCACCAAGCUGAACUGGGGCCUUGCGAACGGUGAAAUCCUGAUCAAUAACCACGGCCUUUCGAGGAAACACAUCAUCGAAGGAACAAGGGCGUCUCUUGGUCGCCUCCAGCUCGAAUAUGUUGAUAUCAUCUAUGCUCAUCGUCCGGACCGGCUCACACCUAUGGAAGAAACCGUGCGCGCCUUCAACUAUGUGAUUGAAAAAGGCUGGGCCUUCUACUGGGGAACAUCCGAAUGGUCGGCGGAUGAGAUCGCCGAAGCCUGUGGAAUCGCGAAGUCGCUGGGGCUGAUUGCACCCAUUGUCGAACAACCUCUGUAUAACAUGCUGGAUCGCGGAAGGGUCGAGGGACAGUUCCAGCGAUUGUACUCCCGUUACGGAAUCGGGCUGACCACUUUCUCGCCGCUGAAGAUGGGACUUCUGAGCGGCAAAUACAAUGAUGCGACAGCCGAGCCUCCGGCAGGCUCGAGGUUUGCUGAAAGUAACGACAAGUUCGCAAGCUCUGUUCGAAAGGAUUGGGAAAAUGAGCAAUGGGCAGGUACCAUUAAGAAGAUCGUGGGCUUGAAGGUAUGUGAAAGACCCAACCAUCCGACGGAUGGAAUUCAGGGUAUUUACUGGAAUGUACAGGAACUGGCGGACAAAUUUGGUGUCAAGUUGUCUCAACUAGCACUUGCAUGGUGCUUGAAGAACGAAAACGUUUCAUCUGUCAUCACGGGUGCCUCGCGACCGGAACAAGUCGUUGACAACGUUGAAAGUCUGAAGCUAUUGCCCAAGCUAACGCCGGAGAUCAUGGCAGAGAUCGACACGUUCCUGCAAAAUAAGCCAGCUGGGGAUCCUGCUCGCCAAGAUUAG